AUUCCCAUGUAGCUUCUGACAGACGACAUGCCGGCGUGUUUUCCUGUUUGUCAUGGCACACUUUGCCAAUUUCCGGGAACUUGUUCAUGUCGAUUCUUGGUUCUGGUACUCAUCUGUUACGUAACUACACGUGUCAGCCCAUUUUUUCUCUAGUCCUUCGGAGGUAGAUGGUGUGAGGGAUUUGGCGGACGGGUCGGAAAAAAGGCACUGCUGAGAAGGUAUAAAGAUGUCUUCCUGACUGUUGAAACGAUGCGCAUCGCAUCGCUCAAUUACUAGGACACCCUUCCCCCAGCCCGAUUCGUCGAGCUAGCCUCUACUUCGCCCUCUCCAUUCCCCUCCCCCCUCGGAACGAUGUCAACCCAACUUCUUUCCACUCCCGCGACACACCCAUGGUCUCUUGCAGGGUUGGCGGACAAAGUAUUCAUGGCUGCGACAGAAGGCGCGUUCAAAUUGGGAGCAUAUUCAUGGGACAGCCCUAUCUGUCGAUUGGCUGAAGCUGCUGUUGUCUCGACACUGCGAAACAUUCGACAUGGACAGCUCCGUAUUUCUACACCUCACAAGACGUACCUGUUCCCAGAGUCUGCUUCUCCCGCGAAGGUACAAGCAGAAAUCCGCGUCCUGCGACCAACGUUCUGGCUCCGGUUGUGCCUGAUGUCCGAUCUCGGAUUCUCGGAGGCGUACAUGUUCGGGGACAUUGACUGCGACGAUCUCAUUCCUGUCUUUGCUACAAAUUCGAUCGAUCUUAUCUUCUGUCACAAUAAGGAAAGCCUCUCGUCUCUCCAUUCCAGGCUAGCUUCCGUUGUGGGCACCAUCUCGGGCAAGCUUGCCUCAAGUCGCUUCCUCAGUAACCUGACAAACUCUAGGGGUAACAUCAGUUGUCACUAUGACAUUAGUAACGACAUGUUCCAGGGUUUCUUGUCGAAGGACAUGACCUAUUCCUGCGCUGUCUUCACAGAUCACGAUGGAGACGUACGGUCUGAGAAGUCACGAUCUACUCGGGCAAUUGGCACUCGUUCCAGCUCGCCGUCGUCACCUCGAUCACACUCUUCUCGAUCGUCUUCACCUACCGCCUUCUCCUCCGACGCUGAGCAUGAAGACGUGUUCUCGAAACUCAGGGCUGCCGGACGAGAGCUUAUCUCAGGCGAAGCCGAUGCAGACUUCUCUGAUCCACUCUAUGCUGCUCAAGUUCGGAAGUUUGAGUACUUGAUUAGGAAGGCUGAUAUUCGUCCUGGUCACCGUGUACUCGAAAUCGGCUCCGGAUGGGGUCCGCUCGCCGUUCAUAUCACUAGCACUAUUCCUGGAACCACAGUUGACACCGUCACGUUGUCUGUGCAGCAGGCGAAGUAUGUCAAGGAACGUGUCAGGAAAGCUGGCCUCGGUUACGGCAAUGGCGAACAGCGUGUUACUAUUCACGUCUUUGACUAUCGCAACAUGCCGAAGGAGUGGGAGGGCAGGUUCGACAGACUUGUCUGCGUGGAGAUGAUCGAGAACGUCGGCAGAGAAUAUAUCGAGACUUAUUGGUCUCAAGUCGACUGGGCUCUUAAGAAAGACACCGGCGCUGGUGUUGUACAGGUCAUCACCAUUCCUGAAGCCCGCUACGAUGGUUACAUUCGGGAGCAAGAAUUCAUUCGCAAAUGGAUCUUCCCCGGCGGACAUCUACCAACUGUCACUCACCUUAUGACUGCUAUCAGGGACGGAUCUAAAGGUCGUCUCGUGGUUGACUCCAUAGGCAACAUCGGACCUCACUACUCUCGCACUCUGAGGGAAUGGAGGAAACGCUUCGUUGCCAAUUUCGACGAUUUCAUUGUUCCUUCCUUGAAGAAGGAAUAUCCGGACGUUAUGAAUGGACCAAACAGCGCUGAGGAGAUCGAGGUGUUCAAGAGGAAAUGGAUCUACUACUUCGCCUACUCCGAAAUCGGCUUCACAGAACGACUGCUCGGUGAUCACGUUAUCGCCUUCACUAGGGAGGGAAACACCGAUUACAGCUGCCAAGUCUUCUACUGAUCCUCCGAUGCACAUCCCGACGCCCUCCAUCGCUCUCAUCGACUCAAGACCCGUAUCCCCGUGGACAAUUUUCAAUUUCUUUCGGUUUCAAAUAUGCAACUCCCUCACCCGCUAUAUGUUCUAGGUCUCGCCUAGUGUACAGCAACUCUUGGGAAUUCCUGCGGCUCCCAGGAGUGUAAUUCUAGCACGCUCUCGUAGCACAACGUCCGCUGAUACGUUCUCGAAAUGUUGUCUGUUGUAACAUUAGUGUAUUAGUUUCUCGUGCUCAUGACGAUAAUGACAAAUGAUUCUGACGUUUCG